UUGUCAGAGCCCCGUGACCGCGCACGGUGCCAUGCGCGCUCCCGUGCUCUGCUGCGCACAGACGGCCCGGUGCGGUGGAGAGGCAGGCAGGCAGGCAGGCAGGCUGGGAGGGGAGGAGAGCGCGGUAUUACUAGUGACAGAAAACGGGCAGCGAGCACAUACGGACUGGGGGAGCAGUUGAUGCGACAAGAUGCUGAGCGUCGCCCUGCUUGGCUCACCGGGCGAUGGGACAAAUUCAGAGAUGAACCUGGGACAUGGACUCCAUCCAAGCCCUUCGAUCAAGGCCUUGAUCCAGCUAAGGACCCCUGUCUCAAGAUCAAAUGUAGUCGCCACAAGGUGUGUGUGGCUGAGGAUUAUAAGACUGCCACUUGUGUCAGCCAGAGGAGAGUUAGUUUCAAAGAUGCCAGUUUGUACCAGAGCCCGGGGUCAAAGUGCAAACCGUGCCCUGUGGUUCAUCCCUCGCCUGUUUGUGGAAGCGAUGGACAUAGCUACUCUACCAAGUGUAAGCUGGACUACCAGGCAUGCAUCACGGGCAAGAAGAUUUCUGUGAAGUGUCCUGGCAUGUGUCCUUGUCCCUCUGAACAGAGUCCCUCAGAGAAGAAAGUGUGCAGCGAGUCAGAUCUGAAGGAGGUGGUGAGUCGCCUGAGAGACUGGUUCAGAGUGCUGCACGAGAACGGCAACCACAAGAGAGUAAAGAUCCAGAAGCCAGAGAAGAACAAGUUUGAAGUUGGGACUUCACCUAUUUGCAAGGACCCUCUUGGUUGGAUGUUCUCUCGACUGGACACAAACUUUGACCAACAGCUGGACCAGUCUGAGAUCAAGAGCCUCUACCUGGACAGGAAUGAACCGUGCUCUGAUGCAUUCUUCAGGUCAUGUGAUACACACCCUGACAAUAUUAUAACCAGCUCUGAGUGGUGCACAGGCUUCCAGAGAUAUACAGACUCCCCCUGUAAAGCAGAACUGUCCGGUAUCAACAAAAAGCAAGCCGGGAAGAAGUUGCUAGGACAGUAUCUGCCGUCCUGUGAUGAGGAGGGCUACUACAGGUCCCACCAGUGUCACAGCAGCAGCGGGCAGUGCUGGUGUGUGGAUCGCUAUGGCAACGAGUUGGCAGGCUCACGCACCCAUGGUCCUGCAGACUGCGGUGUUGUUAUAGAAUCUUCCGGGGACCUCGGCAGUGGUGACUCGCUGCUCAUCGAUGACGAUGAAGACUCAUUCGUCCUCAGCGACCAGGCGGGUAUGGAUGACGAGGACGAUGAAGAUGAGGACGACGACGAUGGCAACGAUGAAUAUCUGUCUUAA